GGAUCAGCAGCUGACUUCUCUCCAGCUUCAGUCAGACCACAGAGAGGAGCGUGUUCACAGCUCUGCAAGCUACAGCAGGCACCAGGAAACAUCUUGGGUUGAGUUUUUCUACUAAAUCAAGAAUAAACCCAGAAAGAAAACAUGGAUGAAAAGGCUUUUACUAAAGAGCUGGACCAGUGGAUCGAGCAGCUCAAUGAAUGCAAGCAGCUGUCUGAGGGACAAGUGAAAACGCUCUGUGAAAAGGCAAAGGAGAUCCUCACCAAGGAGUCAAACGUCCAGGAGGUGAGAUGUCCGGUGACGGUGUGCGGCGACGUGCACGGCCAGUUCCACGACCUCAUGGAGCUGUUCAAGAUUGGAGGGAAGUCUCCAGACACAAACUAUUUGUUCAUGGGAGACUACGUAGACAGAGGGUACUACUCCGUAGAAACCGUCACUUUACUAGUAUCACUUAAGGUACGCUACCAGGAGCGCAUCACAAUCCUCAGAGGGAACCACGAGAGCAGACAGAUCACGCAAGUUUACGGCUUCUACGACGAGUGCUUAAGGAAAUAUGGAAACGCCAACGUUUGGAAGUACUUCACAGACCUGUUCGACUAUCUCCCCCUCACUGCUUUGGUAGACUCCCAGAUUUUCUGCCUUCAUGGAGGCCUGUCGCCGUCCAUAGAUACUUUGGAUCACAUCAGAGCACUGGACCGUUUACAGGAAGUGCCACAUGAGGGUCCCAUGUGUGACCUGCUGUGGUCCGACCCUGACGACCGCGGCGGCUGGGGCAUCUCCCCUCGAGGGGCCGGCUACACGUUCGGCCAGGACAUCUCGGAGACUUUCAACCACGCCAACCGCCUCACGCUGGUGUCCCGCGCCCACCAGCUGGUUAUGGAGGGUUACAACUGGUGCCAUGAGAGGAAUGUGGUGACAAUAUUUAGUGCUCCCAACUACUGCUAUCGCUGUGGCAACCAGGCAGCCAUCAUGGAACUAGAUGACACCCUCAAAUACUCAUUUUUGCAGUUUGACCCUGCGCCUCGCAGAGGGGAACCCCACGUCACCCGCCGCACGCCAGAUUACUUCCUGUAAAUUCUGACCUUUGACCCCUGUACAGCCAGGUCCAGCAUUGCCAUGAUCUAUAUGACCUUCAACCAAUAACAACAUGAAUAAACACGGGGAGGGUGGGAAUGUGUGUGUGGGGGGGGGCUACACAGCAGUGCACAUUGUAUAUCCACACAAAGACCUAUUUAAGCAUUUAGCAACAAAAAAAAAAAAAAGAUGCCUGUGCAUCUAUGAAUGGACCAAAAGGUGUGUGCCAUAAUCAUUACAAUAUUCAUUGCUGAGUACUUGCAUUGAGAAAUCUCCCCCACUAUUAAAAACAGCAGUGAUGUUUAAAUUCUCCAUGCUGGACUGAUGGCACAGAGGUCCAAGAUGAAAUCUGACUGUUUGAACCCCACAUGCCAUGGCGUAUAUAUGUGUAUAUAUAUAAUAUAUAUAUAUAUAUAUAUAUAUAUAUAUAUAUUUAGAAGAUCUGAACUUGAUCUGUUUGCACUUUUGUAAAAAUCUAAACAAAUGUAACAUAUGUCAAAAGAAGAAAAUUAUUUCACACUACAGAUUUUUUUUGUUUGCUUUUCAUUUUGCUUUUUUUAAAAAUUACAAAUAAAGCCCCCAUCAGGCAAGGGUAUCUUUGUCCUGUGUAACGUGUGAGGAGAUGCCUUCUAAUGCAGUCACACAGCUUGGUGUACAUAGGAGACGAUGGAGUGUUUAUCCAGCUCAGCUCACUGACUCGCUCUGAACUACAGAGUCUGUGUUAACCAAACCAUUUCAAUAAUAAAGACGAAGGU